AGAUUUUGUCGCAAGGAGACUUCAUCCCAUCUUGGCUUGAAUAUAGUUCCCUCAUCGCAAUCGUCUUCGCCUGGCGACAAUCUUCACAUACGAUGAAUCUGGCCGGUUCGGCAAUAUCGCUCACCUCGACGCUACCCCUAAGGGCAGCAUCAGUGUCGCGAACAUGCCCCAGAAGUCUCACAACACAUUCGAAAUGGAAUCGGCCGCGUUCAGAUUGCUGGCAGCGUAGUGUGAACGUACCUCAGACUCGGUCUUUCCAUGCCUCCCCUCUCCAAAGAGCGUCCAUGAAAGAUCCAUAUUCUGUGUUAGGUGUCGGCAAAAGCGCUUCAGCAUCCGAAAUAAAGAAGUCUUACUAUGGUCUCGCAAAGAAAUACCACCCGGACACCAACAAGGAUGCGAAUGCGAAAGAGAAGUUUGCCGAAGCCCAAACCGCCUAUGAGACCUUGUCAGACCCGAAGAAGAAAGAAGCCUACGAUACGUACGGCUCAGCCGCAUUUGACCAGAGUGGUGGGUUCAACCCUGGUGCGGGCGCAGGACCUGGUGCAGGCAACCCCUUUGGAGGAGGUUUUGGUGGAUUUGGAGGCUUCGGCGGAGCUGGUGGUGCUGGGAGUGCUGGUGGAUUCGGCGGUGCAGAGUUCAAUUUCGAGGACCUUUUCAGCGCAUUUGGUGGCGGUGGACGCCGGGGGCGUUCUGGCGGAAGAGGUCCAUUCCAAGCAGCCGAAGUCCUUGUUGGAGACGAUAUCGAAGUGCAAGCUCAUAUCUCGUUUAUGGAUGCUGCAAAGGGAACGAGCAAGACGAUCACCAUCACUCCAAUGGUACAGUGCAAAACAUGUUCAGGCGACGGCUUGAAACCAGGCAAGAAACGCACCACCUGUAGGUCAUGCGGUGGCACCGGCCAACGUGUACACACUAUGGGCGGCUUUCAGAUGGCUAGCACUUGUUCGACUUGUUCAGGUGCCGGUGUCCAGACUCCUCCUGGAGCAGAGUGUAGGACAUGCCAUGGUCAAGGUGCCAUACGAGAAAAGAGAACUGUUUCAGUCGACAUCCCGGGAGGCAUUGAGGAUGGUAUGCGAUUACGUGUUACCGGAGAAGGUGAUGCUCCACUAACAGGUCAAUCUGCCGAUCCAAACAUCCAGUCAACCAAGGGGGAUCUGUACGUGCUCAUCAGGGUCACUCCUGAUCCAAAAUUCAAACGUCAGGGCUCCGAUAUAAUGUACACCGCAUCUGUACCUUUAACGACAGCGAUCCUUGGCGGUGAAUGGAAUGUACCAACAUUAGACGGCGAGGUCAAGAUCAAGGUGCCCACUGGCACUUCUGCGGGAGACAAGAUCGUGCUCGGAGGGAUGGGCAUGAAGAAGCUUCAAGGGAGGAAGAAUGCGAAUGGCGAUUUGCGUGUGGAGUUCAAAAUCCAAAUGCCGAAAUACCUCAGCGCCAACCAACGUACGAUCCUCGAGAUGUUGGCAGAUGAGAUGGGAGACAAGACCGCAAAGCGGGUCAUGAACUUGAAUCGCAGCGCACCCUCAACCUCUGAUGUGGAUGAAAAGUCCAAACCAAGUCAGUCAACCCCAAAAGAGAGCAGCCAUGAAAACGAAGGUUUCUUUAAAAGCGCAUGGCACAAUCUGACAGGACAACAUAAAGAUCUACACAAAGAGCAGAACUCAAAAGAAACCACCGAAGAUGACAAUGAAACACCGAAAAAAGCUUCGGGAUCAGGGUCCGGAUAGACUGAUGCUAUCAACACCUACAACCACCUCCACACCAUGUAUAUUACGACCGCACUUCCAGUGACCAUAGAUCCCGGGCAGUGAGUGGAAUAUGGCAGCAUAACAUUAGCGUUUGGCGUUCAAAGGCUGUCAUCAUGGGCGUGAUAGAUGUUUGGAAAAAAAUAUGCUUGUAGAUUCUCAACUCAGGCUGUACAUAUAC